GAAAUUACAUGCUCCAAAAAUGUUACGACAAGCUCUCUCUCUUUCGUUCCUCAUUUUAUUUCUCAUGUUCUCCAUCUUAUCAGUUUGUACCGCAAACUCCAACAUCUAUGUUCAUUGCUCUCAACUCAACUUCACCUCGACGACACCAUAUGAGUCGAAUGUCAACUCGCUAUUCACUUCCUUAGUUGACUCGGCCUCUCUUUACAACUUCAACAAAUAUGAAACUUCCCCACAAAGCGAUGCUGUUUAUGGUCUCUUCCAAUGUAGAGGCGACCUUAGCUCUCCCAAUUGCAAAGAUUGUGUGUCUAGUGCUAUAAGUCAACUCAAGACAUCAUGUCCCAUGUCCACGGGUGGCGAAAUACAGUUAGAAGGAUGCUUUGUGAAGUACGAUAAUACAUCCUUUUUUGGAGUCCAGGAAAAGGUGGAGGUGUGUAGGAGAUGUGGCCCUUCGAUUGGAUAUAAUUCGGAUGUCUUGAACCGUGUAGAUGGAGCAUUGGCAUAUCUUGUUGGUGGGAGCGGGCAAUACUAUCGUGGGGGUGAUUUUGGAAGCAUACAAGGUGUAGCACAGUGUGUACAAGAUUUGAGUUUAAGUGAUUGUCAAGAUUGUCUUUCAGAGGCAUGUGGACGCUUGAGAACCGAGUGUGAGACCUCGACUUGGGGUGAUAUGUACCUUGGAAAAUGUUAUAUCCGAUAUGCUGAUCAAAGUAAUGAGAAUCUUGCAAAUAAUGGAAACUCUAGUUCCAAUAAAAGUAGUGGUGGAAAGAGCAAGAACAAUGUAUGGAAAUGGCUUGGCUAUAUUCUAGCGGCCGCAGUUGGUGCUGGGAGUUUGACUUUUGCUGCCAAAAACUGUUGCAAUAUAAAUGUCCACAACAAAAUAAUAAAAACUUUGAAGAAAGAUUUGGAAGGAGCGAAGAAAGAAGCGGAAUCAGCCAAAUCUGAAGCAAAAUCAGCCAAGGAAAAGGCAGAAGAAGCCGAGAAAAAAGCAGGCGAAAAAACAAAGAACGAUCCAUCAACGUUAUAUUUUCCAUAUCCACCACCACCGAUGUCAAUGCCGCCUCCGUGUCCUUACUUGCCACAUUCGAAUCCGAAUACAUGUUAUUACUUGUAAAAUUGUCCUUGAUGAUUCAAAAUGAAGAAGACAAGCUAAAGUACAUAGCAAAGGGUAAACUGAAUAAUUACUCUCUUUUUCUUCUUCACUCAUUUUUAUCUGCUUAAAAUGUAAACUUACCUUGGUGAAUAAUUCUCAUGUUUUGUGUUGUAUCUUUCUCGGCCUUUUA